AUGUUGUUCACUUAUUCCCUCGAGCUAAAUCUAGGGCCGAGGGGCAACGUUAGAGCAGGUAGCCUAGUGGUAAGGACUAGUAACCGGAAGGUUGGAAGAUCGAAAGCCCCAGCUGACAAGCAUGAUCUGCAAGCAAAGCUACAGUUGCGUUAUGGUGAGAUUGCAAAGAGGACCCUACCACCACCCAAACUUCCUGUUGGGCCCAGCCACAAGUUUGCCUUCAAUUACUAUAAUGGCAGAGAUGGGCGUAGAGAGUCUGCACCAGCAAUGGUUGUGAUGUCGUGUCAAAAGGCCUUGACUGCUUGCCAAGUUCUGGAGGUGCCAGCAAAGCGUCCAGUCACACCUGGAAAUGUUCUCAGUGAGCUAACGCUGUCUACAGAUCAGCCAUACCUCUGAACAACAUUGUUUUUUUCCUGACUUAUUGUAGGUCUGACAGCAGAGCACGAUGUUGAAAUCACUAUUGUUCAAAUCUUGUAAAAAAUUGUUAAUAAAUG